UAUCUUAAGUGUUUAGUGCGUCUUACAUUACAUUGUGGAUUUGCGUUGAGGAGCACACUUUUCCAACUUGCAAGACCUUCAACGGCGUACCGUUCCUCAAUACUUACCUUACCUCACUAUCAAAUCCUUUACAUCGUAUCAAAUGGAGGCAACUUUCUGGGAUCAGCGCUAUGGUGAGGACGACUUUGUCUAUGGGCGCGAGCCCAAUGUCCAUGUGCGCCAAGCAGCAGAGCGCUACCUGAACGCCUCGCCCUGCCAUGUGGUGGAGCUGGCGUGCGGAGAAGGGCGCAAUGUGGCUUACUUGGCAGCGGCGGGUCACACCGUCACGGCAGUCGACUUCUCCCAGGCCGGUCUCGACAAGACCCUGCGCCUCACCGCGGCUGUGGGCGGCCCUGAUGCGGCGGCCCGUGUCACCCCCGUGCGUGCUGACAUCCUCGGCUGGCGCCCCGCGGGCGGCCCCGGCAGUGUGGAUGUGGUGGUGCUCAGCUUCUGUCAUGUGCCGGCGGCGGAGCGGGCGGGUUUCAUGGCGGGGGUGGUGGACAUGUUGAGACCGGGCGGUCUGCUAGUGCAGGAGGUGUUCCACCCCGACCAGAUCCACAAGGGCUACCGGGCCACCUCGGGCGGGCCGCACCAGCCCGACAUGAUGGUGACGCUGCAGGAGUUGCGCUCACAGCUGUCAGCCGCGGGCGGUACCGAGCUGGAGGGGCAGGAGCUGGAGUAUGUGCUGCAGGAGGGGCGGUUGCAUGCGGGCCUGGGCGCCGUGACGCGCUACGUGUGGCGCAAGGCGACGGAG